CUUCGACCUUCAGACUAAAUCACCAAAAUAAAAACAACAGGAGGGAGAGAGGUAAAUGCUGCCUUCUGCAGCUGGCUCCAGGCAGCUGCCUGCCUUCUCCUGCUCCCGGGAACCCAGGAGUCCUGCUCUCUGCUCCUCGCCCCUUGGCUGCGGAAGAAAGGACAGGGCUGCGGCGUGCCUGCCCUCUGUGCGCUCUGCUUCCCAGGGACACCGAGCCGGUCGCCUGGUGCCAGUUGCUGAAUUCCUGCCCGAGCUGUAGGGAGAAGUGACGAUUUCAGCGGACUUUAUGUACGCGACCUGGAUGGAGCCCUCCUCCACAGCCCUGGGGAAGACGAGGGAACUUAUAAAGCACGGCCGCGAGAGGAUAGGACAAACCAUCAAGGCCUCCGGCUCCAGGCUCUGCUCAUAUGCUGAACGAGUUGCCUUUUUAAUGGACCGAUCCAGAAGCCCAGACACUAGUCCCCAGCCUCCAACACCAACUGACAAUAUCAACCUUGGACCUUCUGCUAACCCAAAUGCCAAGCCAACAGACUUCGAUUUCCUGAAAGUUAUUGGCAAAGGAAGCUUUGGAAGAGUUCUCCUGGCCAAACGCAAGUGUGAUGGGACUUUUUAUGCUGUGAAAGUCUUGCAAAAGAAAACCAUCCUAAAGAAAAAGGAGCAAAACCACAUCAUGGCAGAACGCAAUGUGCUCCUGAAAAAUGUCAAGCACCCCUUUCUUGUGGGACUCCAUUACUCCUUCCAGACCUCGGAGAAGCUUUAUUUUGUGUUGGACUAUGUAAAUGGGGGUGAGCUCUUCUUCCACUUGCAAAGAGAACGCUGUUUUCGUGAACCCCGGGCUCGCUUCUAUGCUGCAGAAGUUGCUAGUGCAAUUGGGUACCUGCAUUCCUUAAAUAUCAUUUACAGGGACUUAAAACCUGAGAACAUCCUCUUGGAUUGCCAGGGACAUGUAGUACUGACGGACUUUGGACUCUGCAAAGAAGGAAUGGAACAAGAAGAGACUACUUCUACUUUUUGUGGCACCCCUGAGUACUUGGCUCCUGAGGUGCUAAAGAAGCAGCCGUAUGACAGGACAGUAGACUGGUGGUGCCUUGGAGCUGUCCUCUAUGAGAUGCUGUUUGGACUGCCUCCUUUUUACAGCCGGGACGUGUCUCAGAUGUAUGAUAACAUUCUGCACAAGCCACUGCAGGUCCAAGGAAGCAAGACCAUAGCAGCUUGUGACAUCCUCCAGGGACUUCUCCACAAGGACCAGAAGAGGAGGCUGGGUGCCAAGACAGACUUUCUUGAGAUCAAGAACCAUGUAUUCUUCAGCCCAAUAAACUGGGAUGAUCUGUAUCACAAGAGGAUUACCCCUCCAUUCAACCCCAACGUGGCCGGCCCAGCUGAUCUGCGACACUUUGAUCCGGAGUUCACCCAAGAAGCAGUCUCAAACUCAAUCACCCACACACCUGACUUAGCAGCCAGCAGCUCCAGUGCCUCAGAUGCGUUUUUAGGAUUUUCUUAUGCACCAACAGAGGAGGACAUCUAGGUUUUAAAAAGGCUUUGAGAAGCCAGAUUUUUAACUCAAUGGGUUUUAUCCUUUUUGAAAGAAAUGGUACUGUCCUUUGCUCAUGGUUUAAGGAAACUGGGACUAACACACUAACAGGCUAGGACAGAAUGGAAUUCUUAAUUUCUGCUGUUUGGUGGAUUUCCCUCUAAAUGACUGUUUCUCUGGUAGGGGAGGUGGGACUUUUUUUUUUUCCCCCUUCCCUCUCCCUGGGUGUCUUGUACAACUCUGGCAGACUUGUAUCCACUCUGUGUUUGUAUUUAUGGUUGAGGUAUGUACCAUCACUCACAUCAGCAGCCACAUCCCUGUAACUGGCCACUUAUUUUGUGUGGAGCUAACUCGGCCCAGCUAUGUCUCCUUAUUUUUCCUCCCCACACAUGCACACCCAAAACAGACUGAUCACACUACCUACAGCAGCGGGAAAAACAGUGGCUUCCUUAAACAAGCACAAGUCCACUUAAAGUGGUUGGGAAAGGGAUAGUCUGUUCACCAGGGGCCAAACUGAACGGGGUUAGCUUAGCAAGUCCUCUCUCUAAGGCCAGCAACAAACCUGGUAGCUCCAGAGGUUCUUCUGCUGCUGCCUGCAGGUGCUGGUCAGCUUUAAUACUUUAGGCCAGGGCUGCAGGGGUUCAGUGGGAGCCUCCAAGGAAGCAGUGCUGUGUUGGCAGUGCAGGUAAGCGAUGCUGCUCUCUGGAUGAAGCCAUUUCUGCAUCCUGGACUGAGCUUGCAGGUGACAUAGCUGGGCUGAGACUGUUGAGCAGGUAUUGCUCCAAAGGCAGCCACCUGUCUGUGUUUUUCUAAGCCUGCCCCUCCACCCCCAAGGUGAAUGGAUCUUCCCCUCUCCCUCUCUGAUCCAGGAUGGGGAUGCUGCUGAAGCAGCAAGGAGGCUGCUCCGGAGGGGGCCAAUAUAUGCCAAAAUCCCAGGUAAAAUGGGGGCAGAAGGGGCCAGGCAGCUUAGCCACAUACGGAUAACCUUAUGGCCAAACCCUGCCUUGAGGGAAAGGGUUCCUGUUGCAGCAUGGACUGUGCCUCUUGACUCAUCUCUGAGGAACAAAAGCACUGCCAAAACACACAUGGUCCUGGGCACCACGGAGCACAGUCCAGCACCCAAAGAGGGGCCUAAGCACCGCUCCAGGCACUGCAUGUGGGCGACCUACAGCGGACUGAGCCAGAAAAUCAUCCAGGCUCCAGCGGUGCUCUGGAAACGCCUGUCACCGAUGUAGAAAAGCUAUUUAUUCUGCCUUAAUUUAAAUGCUGGUAUACUCACUGAAUGUCACCUUUCCCUUCCCCCCCCCCACCCCACCCUUUUUUUAAAGAGAGAGUUUGUUAUUCUCUCUCUGGGGGGAGGCUAAAGGGGGCCAAGCUUCUACCUUAUUAUUUAUAUGUGCAACACAUGGAUAAACAAGGGCCUUUCUAAGAAUUGUGCAACAGUUGUACUGUUGGGAAGCUUGUAGGGAAACUUUUUUUUUUAAUUACCAGACUCUUAUCUUGUACAUACUUAAGACAUCAGAACUAUUACAUGGUUUAUAGUAAAGUGAACACAUGGAUGUGC